GUCUAUCCGUUAUAAUGCAAUACAAUAAGCACAUGGGCGGUAUCGAUUAGGCCAAUUCAUUACUUGGUCUGUAUCGCAGUCCAAGCAGAUCGAAAAGAUGGUACUUCCCAAUUUUCACAUGGGUUCUUGAUAUGUCAGUGAUCAACGCCUGGCUUCUGUAUAGAAAGGACUGCAACACAGCACGUGUAACGUCAAAAUCGCUAAAGGAGUUCCGUAUGGAAUUAGCCAAAUCGUUAGCCAACGCAGGAAAACAAAGUUCUCGUGGCAGACCAUCCAUUUCCUCGACUAAUAAAACCCGUGCGAAAAUAAUAUCAAACCCUAUACUGCCGAGACCUGAUAUCACCACCCAAAAUGAUGGCAUAGGUCAUUGGCCAACUUAUGGUACAAAAGGAAAAUUACAGCGAUUUUCCAGGCCCAUGCUUUUUUACGACCAACGAAUAUCAAUACCAAGCGAUUUGAAAGAAGCUAUCAAAUGCAUCCACGGAUUCACGAGACACUGCAUGAAGAACGAGCACAGGAAGCAUUUCAGGAAACUGUUCCACGGCACUGCAUAUACUGUUCACGAACUUUGCAGAAAUGGAACACAUCAAGAAGAAUACCUGAAACAUGCUCCCUGUAUGCAGAAAGUGGAAAAACAGAACGCCAUCUGCUUCAAACGGUACACGACAGCGAUGCACGAGAUCCAAUCGAAAACACCAGCAUCCGAGAUCAGUCCGGCAGAACCAGAUAUCAUCAAUCUAAUGAAAAAGAAGCGAGAGGCAGCUGACGAAGGCAUCAAAAACGUUUGUUGCGCUUUUCAAGAAUACGUAGAAUGUUCCACUCAUGCAGUAAGAAGACAAUGUGGGGAAGAGGCUGCAGAUUUCAGUAGAGCAUUCCUGGAUAAAAUGUCUUCUUCAAUGAUACAGGUAAUGAAUACAGUAGGAUCAUUCCAGACUAGAAACUGUUCCGUAAAUAUAUUUAUUUUAUAUUUAUAUACUUCGAAGUUGAGUCAUUUAUUUUAA